GCCAAGAAAUGGAAGAUACAGCCCGGGGAAGCCCCCCCCCUCCCCCGCUCUUCCUCUUGUUGUCCUGGUGUGCAAUUGGUGCCUGCCUUCGCUCUGAAUUGCAAAAGGGCAGCCGCGCAAAUGGUGUGAGGGAAAAUUCUUGGUUACCCUCUGGAGUGUCCUCAACUCCUCUCUAGAUAGUUUUUGAUUCACCUCUUGCUUCUGAGAGAAAAUUGUUAUACGUCAAUCAAUUUUUGUUACCAAUCUUUACCUGAUUACAACCCAUGAAGCGAAUCAGAAUGUUUUCUUCAAGAGUGUGCUGAAGAACUUGGGUUUGAGAACAGCUGGUAAGGCCACAUUUGAAGACAAAAUGGCUGCCGAAGAAGGAGCAACAGUGCCAUCUUUGCCUGUCCAAUUACAAGCCACAGACAAACAGCAGGGGGGAAUAAAAGUGGCGAGUCAAGAUGCAGUGGCCGUGGACACCAAUGAUAUCCAGGCAGUGUGCGUUGGAGAACAUUUGAUAUGGGCAGGCCCGGCAAGGGUCAAAGAAGAAGCCGAAGAGGCGGGUUGGGGAGGCCAGGAACAGCGAGAAUUUACAAACACAGCGCCAUCACUUCACAUAAAGUGGGGAAACCACCUGUUGAGAGACACCAUCCUGUGGAGUGAUCCCAAAGCUUUCCCAGGAUCCUUUGAGGGAAUGGAUAGUUCUUGCAAAUUGGUAACAACAGGAGAGUGGGGAACUUGGCAGACAUCUGUCCACGCAAAGGAAGAACCAGAAGAGUGCCACAGGCAGAAGGGCAGCAGCCAAAUCCGUAAGGAGUGUAGCAAAAUGAAGAAUGGCGUUCUGAGGGAAACGGACCAAAUGGAGGCCCAUCGCCGACAGUUCCGGCAUUUUUGCUACCAGGAGGCCGGAGGGUUGCAUGAUGUUUAUGGCCAGCUUCGGAAGCUUUGCUAUGGGUGGCUGAAGCCCGAGAAACAUAACAAGGAGGAGAUUCUGGAGCUGGUGAUCCUGGAGCAGUUCCUGACCAUCCUGCCCCCGGAGAUGCAGAGCUGGGUCCGGGAACGAGACCCUGGAAGCUGUUCCCAGGUGAUCGUUUUGGCAGAAGAUUACCUGAUGAGGCACCAAGAGACAGAGAAAUGGGAGAAGGAGGUGCCGCCAGGUCCCUACCUGGAAGGGAUGGUGAGUUCACCUAAGAAAGAGCAGGUUCCAUCAGAUGCCUGGAACUCGAUGGGCUUCACGGAGAUCAAACAGGAUGGCCAGAGAGGUGCUGCAUCGUUGGGUGAUGGUGCAGUGUCUGAGAACAAGGAAGUGGAUCAAGAGGUGGCAGGCUCAGAACCAGCGGAAUCACAUUCUGUAUUCCCAAGGAGGUCCCAGGCAAACAUUCGGCUGAAGUAUGAAAAUUUCAAGGAAGGGUGUGGCUCACAGCAAAAGCAGGAAGAGCCUCCGCUGAUGGUGUGGGGUGACCCUGCAGAGCACACAGAAAGUGAAGGAACUGUUGCAGAAACAACGCUUUGUGGGCAGGCAAGCAAGCAUUUGUGCUCGGAGUGCGGGAGGAAUUUCCAGCACAAAUCGACUUUAAUUCGACACCAGAAGAUCCAUACCGGAGAAAAGCCCCACUUGUGCCUGGAAUGUGGGAAAACCUUCCGCCGGAGGGACAAACUGAUUCGGCACCAGCGGAUCCACACAGGCCAGAACCCCCACGAGUGCUUGGAGUGCGGGAAAAGCUUCCGGGAGCGAGGGAAACUGGUCAACCACCAGAGAAUCCACACCGGCGAGAAGCCAUACAACUGCCCCGUGUGUGAGAAGACCUACCGGUGGAAAGAAGAGUUCAUUAAGCACCUGAGAAUCCACACCGGGGAGAGGCCUUAUGAAUGCCUCCACUGCGGGAAAACAUUCAUUAGCAAAACACACCUUGUUUCACACCAUCGGAGCCAUACAGGGGAGAAGCCCUAUGAGUGUCCAAAGUGCCAGAGGCGGUUCUGUAGCAAGCAGAGCCUCACCAGACACCAGCGGGUACAUAUGGGGGAGAAAUCGUACGAAUGCCAAGACUGUGGGAUAAUCUUCUACUACAUUUCGAGCUUCACCAAACACCGAGAAAUACACCUGAGUGAUCAAAUCCUAUAAGAGGUUCUUCCUAGGAUCGGAGUUUUGGAAAAUGUUAGCUACCUCCUGAGUAUUGUCACACACACACACAUAUAUCCAGUCAGCUAGGAUCUCAUGGUUAGUGACUAGGCAUGGGCUUCCUGAAGCGGGGUUGGGGGUGGGGCUCCUUGGAGAUCUUGAGGAGGCACCGUAUAGACUACCUGUUGGCCAGGGUUUUUGAGGGGGUUUGAAUGGCAGCCAUCUUUUAGGGGGGAGGGAGAUGUAAGGUUUAUUAUUUUAUUUCUAUCUUUAAUUGAAACCAUUUUUAGCUAUUACUGUAAGCCACUGUGAACUACCCAGAAAGAUGGGAUAUAAAUGCUUCAAGUACAUCUGUGAAUAAACUAAUUUGAAUGGAAGGUAGCUGAGACAAGGAGGGGGUGAGGUAGUUGACCAAAGCCUUGGUACACCAAUCUUGCCCUUGAAUACCUGUCCCGCAUUGUGUUAGAGGCUGUUAACCCCUAGUUUUCCUCUGGAGGAGAAGAGGAGGAGCUUGGAUUUAUACCCCGCCUUUCUCUCCGGUAAAGAGAAAUCGACUAAUAGCAGCCAACCUUUGUCCUCCACGAAUUUGCCCAGCUGUUUUUCAAAGUCAUCAGAGACAGUGGCCCCUGCUAUAAUCUCUCUCAUCAUCUGUUACAGAAGUACAGAAUGAUACCUGGUUUACGAUGCUAGGCCUCUCUUUGCUCAGCUCGAACCCCAUUCCCUCUCUCUGUCUGCAACUUUCUUAAAAAUGAGGUACUAAAUGAUUUUCUUUCUUCUCAUUAUGUCUGAUGAAAUGAGCUCUGACUCAUGAAAGCUCAUUCUGGAAUAAAUGUUAUUAUUCUUUAAA